AGCUAACCUUGUGUUUGGGUUUUGUUCAAUUUGCGGCAAUUUUUACGAUUAAAUAUAAUCGAUUGUUCGCAUUUAGUUUUAUACAUUUUAAAUCUUUUCUUCACAGUCUUCACUGCUUAAUAUAAAAUGAGUAUUCUAGGUUAUAAUGGUGGUUGUGUGCUAGCCAUGAAGGGCAAAAAUUGUGUUGCAAUUGCAACUGACCACAAAUUUGGUAUACAAGGAAUGACCAUUGGAUUGGAUUUUCAAAAAGUUUACGAAGUUGGUCCUCACUUGUAUGUAGGUUUACCUGGACUCGCAACUGAUACUCAAACAGUAUUUGAAAAACUUCGCUUCAGGAAAAACUUGUAUGAAUUACGUGAAAAUAGAAAAGUAUCACCCAAAACAUUCGCACAUAUGACAUCAAAUUUCUUAUAUGAGCAUCGAUUUGGACCAUAUUUUGUAGAACCUGUUGUAGCUGGUUUAUCAAAAGAUACAUAUGAACCAUAUAUCUGUGCUCUGGAUUUAAUAGGCUGCAAAAGUGAAUGUGAAGAUUUUGCUGUAAGUGGUACAUGUACCGAGCAACUUUAUGGAAUGUGUGAAGUUUUAUAUGAACCUAAUUUGUCUCCUGAUGAUUUAUUUGAAUGUGUAUCUCAAGCACUUAUGAAUGCUUUUGAUAGAGAUGCUGGUUCAGGUUGGGGUGCUACAGUACAUAUAAUAGAAAAAGAUAAGGUUACAACCAGAAAACUUAAAACCCGAAUGGAUUAAUUCUUUUUUUCAACUUCUAAUUAAAUAUACUAUUAUCCGAUAAUGCAGUAAUAGUAUCAACAUAUUUUUAAUAAAGCACAAAAACAAUUA